AGGAAAGAGUUUUAGUUUGCACCCAAAGGUCUUCUCACUCUCUUCGUUUCGUCUCUGUUCGUUUGGGGAAAAAUAUAAAGAAGAAUGGUAGAAGCCAACGGGGAAUCAAAUGACAAAUUUGCCGACAGCUUGUCCUCCUCCGCCUGCGCCACCACCCCCGCCGCGAUGUGCUUUUGGUUUUAGUGAGAGAGAGAGCGUGGCGGAAGACUAGAGGAACUAGAGAGAGAGAGAGAGAGAGAGAGAGAGGCAGAGGUGGAGAUCCGAUUCCGGCAAAAAUCAAAUUCAAUUCCACCACCGCCACAGACGCCGUCCCUUCGAGGUAUAAGAAACCCUAGCGAAAAUCCGACAUUUACAAAUCCAGAUCAACAUGUCUCUCAACAUGCGAACCUUAACCCAAGCCCUAGCCAAGACCGCCGCUGUGAUCGAGAAAACCGUCCAGACUACCGUUCAGGAAGUCACCGGUCCCAAACCCCUCCAGGACUACGACCUUAUCCACCAGAUCGGCUCCGCCGGCCCCGGCCUCGCCUGGAAGCUCUACUCCGCCAAGUCCCGCUCUGGAUCCGGCAUCUCCCACCAGUACCCUACCGUCUGUGUUUGGGUCCUUGACAAGAAGUCUCUCUCCGAAGCCCGGAUUCGGGCUGGAUUGUCCAAGGCCGCUGAGGACUCAUUCCUCGACAUAAUUCGGGCGGAUGCGGCCAGACUUGUCAGGUUGCGCCAUCCCGGGGUAGUCCACGUGGUCCAGGCGUUGGACGAGAGUAAGAAUGCCAUGGCCAUGGUCACUGAACCGCUGUUCGCCUCGGUGGCCAAUACGCUGGGCAACGUUGAUAAUAUUGCCGAUGUGCCCAAGGAGCUCAAGGGCAUGGAAAUGGGAUUAUUGGAGGUGAAGCAUGGUUUGCUUCAGAUUGCAGAAACCUUGAACUUCCUUCAUAACAAUGCACAUCUUGUUCAUCGGGCAUUAUGUCCUGAGACUGUCCUCGUUACUUUCACUGGUGCUUGGAAGCUUGGUGGCUUUGGUUUUGCAGUUGCAGCGGAUCAAUCCUCCGGUGAUCUUGCUAACGUGCAGGGCUUUCAUUAUGCUGAAUAUGAUGUUGAGGAUUCUCUGCUGCCCCUUCAGCCAUCUCUAGAUUACACUGCUCCUGAACUGGUCCGGAGUAAAACAUCGUCAGUUGGAUGUUCUUCUGAUAUAUUUAGUUUUGGGUGCCUUGCCUACCACUUGAUUGCUCGAAAGUGCUUGUUUGACUGCCACAACAAUGUCAAGAUGUACAUGAAUAGUUUGACUUACUUAUCCAGUCAGGCUUUCUCAUCCAUACCACCAGAGUUGGUGCCUGACCUACAAAAAAUGCUGUCUGCAAAUGAGGCUCUUAGACCAACAGCCUUGGACUUCACAGGUUCUCCCUUUUUCCGGAAUGAUACUAGGUUACGCGCUCUUCGGUUCCUGGACCACAUGCUUGAGAGAGAUAACAUGCAGAAGUCUGAGUUUUUGAAGGCAUUAUCGGACAUGUGGAAGGAUUUUGACUCCCGCAUACUGCGGUAUAAGGUCCUUCCACCUCUCUGUGCAGAGCUUCGAAAUGUGGUGAUGCAACCAAUGAUUCUUCCCAUGGUUCUGACCAUUGCAGAGUCUCAGGAUAAAAGUGAUUUUGAGCUAUCAACGUUACCGGCUCUUGUUCCUGUCUUGAGUACUGCUGUAGGUGAGACAUUAUUGCUACUUGUAAAGCAUGCUGAUCUUAUUAUCAAUAAGGCUACUCAGGAGCACUUGGUUUCACAUGUCCUGCCCUUGUUUGUUCGAGCUUACGAUGAUAAUGAUGCUCGCAUGCAAGAGGAGGGUCUGAAAAGAACUGUUUCUCUUGCAAAGCAACUUGAUGCUCAGUUAGUGAAACAGGCAAUUCUGCCUCGAGUUCAUGGUUUGGCUCUUAAAACAACAGUUGCAGCGGUGAGAGUUAAUGCAUUGUUAUGUUUGAGUGAUAUGAUUCAAAUGCUUGAUAAGCACUCUGUUUUAGAUAUCUUGCAAACAAUACAACGUUGCACUGCUGUUGAUCACUCUGCACCAACUCUUAUGUGCACCCUUGGUGUUGCAAACUCUAUUUUCAAGCAGUACGGACUAGAAUUUACUGCAGAGCAUGUCCUUCCAUUGCUUACGCCACUUCUAAUUGCUCAACAAUUGAAUGUUCAGCAGUUUGCGAAGUAUAUGCUAUUUGUUAAGGAUGUCCUUAGGAAAAUAGAAGAAAAACGAGGAGUGACAGUGACAGACACUGGAUUUCCAGAGGUAAGACCAACUCCUGCUGUUGUUGCGCAUCAGUCUGAAGCUAGGCAGAAAGCUAUUAUGACUACUACAUCUACUUCAAGCAAGAACCCUUCAUGGGAUGAAGAUUGGGUUACCACCAGAAAGGAACCUCCUGUGGGCACCCAAUCAUUUACACCAAAUAGUUCAUUAACUCAGCCAGCCAUGCCUAAUCAUCCAAAUCAAGUUGCUUCAACAAACUUGCAAUCCUCAUCGUCUGCUGUAUCUAGCCAGCAAAUGACGUCAUGUCCCCCAGUUGAUGUCGAGUGGCCUCCUCGAGCUUCUGGAGUUGCACCUCAACUGGGAGAUGUGAAGCAAAACGAAAAUGCGGGAGCCUCUGCAAGUUUUGAUGAUAUAGAUCCUUUUGCUAACUGGCCGCCACGGAGCAAUGGCUCUUCAAGUUCUUUAUCCUCUAAUAAUGGAACAGUCGGAUCAUCUGCGAACAAAUAUGGAUCUAUUUUGGAUACAAGUAUCCCAAAUGGUCUAAAUUUCCAGUCCGCCAGUAGCAGUAGUUGGCCUUUCGAUACACAAAAUUCUAUUGAGCCAUUGAGGCAAAAUCAAGCGAAUCCAAUAUUGAGUACUGGCAAUUCUGACAGCACAGCGGUCAUCCAGAACUCCAUUGGGUUCUUGAAACAAAAUCAAGGUAAUUCAGCUAUGAGUAUGAACGCCGCUAAGAAGACAACGGAUCUUGGAUCCAUAUUUGCUUCUAACAAGAAUGAGCAGGCUGCCCCUAGACUUGCUCCACCCCCACCAACUGCUGUGGGUAGAGGCAGGGGAAGAGGGAGGGGACAAGGACAACCUGGGGCUGCUUCAGCAAAGCGGUCAGGCCAGGCCAAAUCAGCUGCCGAGCAGCCACCCCUUCUGGAUUUGCUGUAGUUGCAGUCAUUUGUUGAUUGAAGUCUCGAAAUGAUAAAUGUGGAGAUUUUGGGUUAGCUGUACCGCAUGGCCAAAAACAGUUGCCUGAGCUAAAAUGAGAUGGAGAUGGCCAGUGCUAAGAGUCAUUGAUGGUUGUGGCUCUCUGUCUCUGGUAUGUAAGAUUUGUUGUGGGGAUAUGGUUUGUUAUGUUUUGCAUGUAUUAUAGUAUGCCAUACUCAACAAGUUCUUUGCUUAAGUUCUUGGUUUUUUGGUUUUUUUUUUUUUUUUUAAACUUUUUCUUUAUUAUUUUUGAAAAUGAGAAAGAUCACCAGAAGUCAUUGUAUUCUUUAGAACAGUUCACUCCCACAAACGGGUGUGAGAAAUAAGAAUUCGAGAUGAAGUGGCAGGACCUCUCAAUAUGUUAGCCAUCUCAGAGCAGUUUGCCUGCUUAUAGGAUAUGGAGAAUAAUGUAGAAACAAUCAACACGUGCCACACAACUGCUUGCAUUCUUCAGUCUUUAGUUUGAUCCCUCACAUAGCUGAUCACUUUGGACUGAUGGUUUGAACCCUAGUACCAUACUAAAUUGUGUAGUUAACCGUUUUUCAUUUUACAUUUAUUUUUACUUUUUGUUAUUCUCUUGUGCCACUGUUUCUCUGUGAAAACAUGGUCAAAACAUCUGUACAAGUAAAAUUAUCCUCCAAUUUGAAGAGGAGCAUAAUGGAACAUUUUUAAGUUGAAAUGCAAGAUUAUUUGGUUUGGUCUUA